AUGGUGACUCACAGUACAGUGGAAGGUAAUCCAGGCAACCCAGCACGCAGAGUGAGGAACAACGAACUCCAACCAGCCAACUGUCAGCCCCCACGGCCCAGACCAGCACAGCACAUCGCCCGCUGCCCUGACAGCCAGACUCACUACAGAACCUUCAACAGUGAGGCCGACUUUAAGACCAUCACUGAGACCACACGCAUGCUGAAGAGCAGUGGCUUCUACUGGGGCCCAAUGACCGUCGAGGAGGCGCAUCAGACACUGAAGAAAGAGCCACUGGGUACCUUUCUCAUCAGAGACAGUCGGCAGAACAAUUACUUCUUUACACUGAGUUACUGUGAACAGUCUGGGCCGAUCAGCAUCCGGAUAAAGUUCCAGGGCUCACGCUUCAGCCUGGUGGGAAGCAAGGAAUCCUUUGACUCUCUGUUUAAACUCCUGGAAUAUUACGUCACCUCUCCUAAGAGUAAGAUCAGCAGACCCUACCGGAAAGUGCAGGUCCAGUCUCUUCAGGAGCUGUGUCGGAGAAGGAUAAUAGAGACAUGCGGUGGGGAGGGGAUCGAGCAGAUCCCGGUGAAUCCCAUCCUGAAGGACUUCCUCCACUCCUUCCCUUUCCGGCUGUAACGGUGGGACUGAAGGCAUUAAAGCAAUGCUGGAAUAUGCUGGAGUUACUUGAUCAGAAGUCU